AAUCUAACAGGUUUAUUGCAUCAUUCUACUCAUUAUUUAUGUUUACAGGACUGCAACCACGAUGGCAAGAUCAACUGUUAUGAUUACGCAGCUAUCCACAAGUUGGGCGGGUAUGGUUGCUCCGGGCUCGGGGCAGAAAACCCAUACUACAGAAAAUUCGACCAGUGUGCAAGGUUGAUCUAUAACCAAUCAGCUCUUCCAUCGGCUCCAACGCAACCUACAUACCCCAACUCUCCCCCGCAGGCUGAGUUCUCGCAAGAGAGCCAACACUUCGGUCAGCAGAUCCAGCAGCAACCGCAUUAUCCUCCGCCGCAACCGCAGUACCCACCACAGCCGCCCCAAUAUCCACCUCAGCAAUCACAGUUUCCAACUCCGCCACCACAAUACCCACCUCAACCACAGUAUCCACCACAGCAGUCACAAUACCCUCCUCAGCAGCCUCAAUACCCAGUAAAACCACAACCAGGCCCAAUUAAGCCGCAGAAGCCUGGGAACAAACCUCAGCAAAUCCAGCAACCUUACCCUCAGCCUCCUCAGCAGCCGUACCCGCAGCCAUUCCCCCAGCAACCACCCCAGCAAUUCCCGCAGCCCCCACAAUCCUACCCAAAACCACCACCACCUCAGCAAGGAACUUACCCCCCACCACCCCCAGCUCAGCAAGGAUCUUACCCGCAACCGCCUCAACAACAAUUCCCAUCGCAAUACCCGCAGCCACCUCAACAACAGUAUCCACAGAAACCUCCUCAACAAGUGUACCAGCCUCCCCAAAAACCACCGCAGCAGGCGUUCCAACCCCAGCCUCCUAACAACCAAAUCUACCAGCCUGGACAACAGCAAUUCCAGCAAAAGCCGCCCGUCGGAUACCCUCAGCCUGCGCCGCAGCCUGGUGGAGGUGGUUACGGCAACUCCUUGGAUAAUUUCGAGCUGCUGCCAACACCUGCUGUAGUUGUUAAAUCGCCUGGCGAUGGCACCACUGAUGACUUGGACGCAUUCGUUUACCCCACAUCCGUAGCGUCAUUCGAUUCGUCAUCAGGUUCAUUGACAACAUACGAUACGUCCGGCGCCCUGACAUCCUAUGAUAAGCCAUCUGUACUUACUAGUUCUAGUUAUUAGAUAUCUACCCAAA